AUAAAAUGAGAUGAUUUUAAUUUCAUUUUCAUUUUUACACUGACAAUGCAUUGUCCCUGUCAAAUUGAAAAAGAAUAUGCAAUUGGUGAUUUGAUAUUUUAUUUUCCAUAUAAUCUCGAGGCAACACUGCCAAUAUGAAAAUGAAAGGCAAAUGUGGAUGUUUUGUUACAUUUUUAUUAAAACAAAAAUAAAAAAGGUUAAUGUCUGUCUAAUGACAUGCUCAAUCAUAAACAUGCUUAUAUUGAGAUAUAGUCAAUAAAUAUAUAUUCGGGAUUUACGUUUAUAUAUUCAAACUUAGACUUAUAACUAUAUAUUUGGAUUUACACAUAUAUAUUCAGAUUUACAUUUAUAUAUUUUACAUUUAUAUAUUCAGACUUACAACUAUAUAUUCAGACUUUUAACCAUAUAUUCGGAUUUACAUUUAUAUAUUCAGGAUUUAUAACUAUAUAUUCAGAUUUUAUAUAAUUAUUUCCUGUUUGGCCCCCCAUACCCCCCAUAAUAUAUAUAUAUUAUAUAUUAGUAAUGUUUAUUUGAUAGAUCUAUUUGUUUGACAUAAUGAAAUGAAAUGCUGUUUUUGUGAUAUGUGUGAGAAUCAAUUAUUUAUUCAGAAAGACAGAUUCAUUGAUAAAACGUUUGAUUGUGACAGGUCUGUUUCUCUGAAGCACACAGAGAUCAAGAUUUACGCAAGAGAAGAGUGCAGACAUGAGUAACACAGAGCCAUGCAGAAUAAAAAAUGAAGAUACUGCAGAACGAAGAGAUGUAAUGGAAGUGGAAGAAAUAUCAAUAUCACAAAUAUCUUCUGGUAGCUUGCCGGUAAAAAAUACUUUCAUAAAAAAGGAACCUACUGAUAUCACGAGAAUUCGCACUGGAGAACACCCAUACGCAUGUCUUCAAUGUGGAAAGAGUUUCACCACCAGAAGUAAUCUUAAUGUCCACACGAGACAUCACACCGGAGAAAAACCACACGCCUGUCCUCAGUGUGGAAAGAGUUUCACAACCAAAGGUUAUCUUACUGUCCACAUGAGACUUCACACCGGAGUAAAACCGUACACGUGUCCUCAGUGUGGAAAGAGUUUCACACACAAACAUAGUCUUAAAAAUCACAUGAUAGCUCACACCGGAGAGCGCCCAUACGCAUGUCCUCAGUGUGGAAAGAGUUUCACACACAAACAUAGUCUUAAAAAUCACAUGAUGGCUCACACUGGACAAAUGCCAUACACAUGUCCUCAGUGUGAAAAGGGUUUUCCAAGCAAAGGAAGACUUACUUUGCACAUUGAAAUGCACAUUGGAGAACGUCUGUACAUUUGUCCUCAGUGUGAAAAGAGUUUCAGACGAAAAAGUGAUCUUAAGGAACACAUAAGAAUUCACACGAGAGAGCGUCCAUACACCUGUCCUCAGUGUGGAAAGAGAUUAGCAGGAGGACUUAAAAAUCACAUGAGAAUUCACACCGGAGAAAAAACAUACGCCUGUCUUCAGUGUGGAAAGGGUUUCACAAGAAAAGAUUAUCUGCAAUACCACAUGAGAACUCAUACUGGAGGGCGGCCGUACGUAUGUCCUCAGUGUGGAAAGAGUUUCACAACCAAAAGUAAUCUUAAUGUCCACAUGAGAAUUCACACUGGAGUAAAACCAUACACAUGUCCGCAGUGUGAAACGAGUUUUACAAGAAAAGUUCAUCUUGAAUACCACAUGACGACUCAUUCUGGUGAACGGCCGUACGCAUGUCCUCAGUGUGGAAAGAGUUUCACAGCCAAACAUAGUCUUAAAAAUCACAUGAUAGCUCACACCGGAGAGCGCCCAUACGCAUGUCCUCAGUGUGGAAAGAGCUUCUCAAGAAAAGAUUCUCUUGAAAACCACAUGAGAACUCAUACUGGAAUGCGGCCGUUCGUAUGUCCUCAGUGUGGAAAGAGUUUCACAAGAAAACGUAAUCUUGAAAACCACAUGACAACUCAUACUGGAGAGCGCCCGUACGCAUGUCCUCAGUGUGGAAAGAAUUUCACGACCAAAAGUUAUCUUAAUGUCCACAUGAGAAUUCACACUGAGAAGCGCUCAUAAGCAUGUCCAACCCAGUCUCAAGGCAAAUUUGGAAUCGAUUUUUUCGUGUCACUCAGCACGAUGUUUUCAUGUCACCGGCACGCAUUUCAAUACACAGACCACGUGUGUAUGUACGUUUAUAUAACCUGAUAUCAAAAAAGUCCUAAAUAUUUGAGAUUGAAAGUCGUGCUGCUGACACGCAAAAUUUUCGUGCUGACUGACACAAAAAAAGGGGCAAAUUUGUGUUCAUGAACACGAAUUAAUAGAUUACAGUUCGUGACAAUGUCACAAAUUUCCUCAAGACUGUUGUCAUGUCUUAUGAGUGUAGAAAGUGUUUCACAGUGGCUCUGUUCACACCGUCAGCGUUUCUCUUUACAGAUGUGAGUCUUCGAAAGUUCUGUUCACACAGCUGAAAUACUGUCUGUAUUCUGUUCCCAUGUGACUCCUGUAACCACAGUGAUGGAC